CACACUGCUCGCGCCAUUAACUAACGUCUGGAAGUCAGUUCUAUUUGUGAAACUCUUCUUAUGUUUCCCCAUCUGAGCUCAGAGUAGAUGAGAGAUGUAAUGUUUGUCUCUGUUGUGUUGAAGCCCAAUCAAGCAGGAGAGACCAGCCUCCCCUGUACCCAGCUGUGUGUCCAUGAAGAGUGACUGGUCUAUGGGUCGUCCUAUAAUGUUUAGAGAGGGAGACUUUUCUACUGAACAAAGAAACCAACAGGAGAGAUCAGAGUCAGAGAUUCUCAGUGGUCAGUCUUCCCAGAGUCAUCAAACAGACCUGGCCUCCAUAUUCAGUUUGCUUGAAGAGAAAAUUAUGACAUUUGUGAAGAACGAGCUGAAGAUGUUCAAGAGGAUCCUUAGUCCAGAACUCCCAGAAGGCUUUGAGAGUCAGAAGCAGGAUAAGGAAGUGGUGGAUGCUGAAGAUGAGAAGCAGGAGAGCAGUGCCAGAGAGGGGGCUCUGAAGAUCACACUGCACAUCCUGAGGAAAAUGAACCAGAAGGAGCUUGCUGACACACUGGAGAAAUAUUCAGAUGAUCUUGCUGUGAUUUGCCAACGUGAACUCAAAUCUAAUCUAAAGAAGAAGUUUCAAAGUGUAUUUGAGGGGAUCGCUAAACAAGGAAACCCAACACUUCUCAAUAAGAUCUACACAGAGCUCUACAUCACAGAGGGUGGAACAGGAGAGGUCAAUAAUGAACAUGAGCUGAGACAGAUUGAGACAACAACCAGGAAACAAGCAAGACCAGAGACUGCAAUCAAAUGUAAUGACAUCUUUAAACCCUUAACUGGACAAGACAAACCUAUCAGAACUGUGCUGACAAAGGGAGUCGCUGGCAUUGGAAAAACAGUCUCGGUGCAGAAGUUCAUUCUGGACUGGGCUGAAGGAAAAGCAAAUCAGGACGUCCAAUUUGUAUUUUCAUUCCCUUUUCGGGAGCUGAAUUUGAUGAAAGGGGACAAACACACUUUGAUUGAACUUCUCAAUCACUUCUCAAAGGAAACCAAACAAUCAGGAAUCUCCAACUACGACAAGUACAAAGUUCUGUUCGUCUUUGAUGGUCUGGAUGAGUGCCGACUGCCCCUAGACUUCCAGAAGAACAAGAUCUGUUGGGACGUCACUGAGUCAACCUCAGUGGAUGUUCUGCUGACAAAUCUCAUCAAGGGAAAUCUGCUUCCCUCUGCUCUCCUCUGGAUAACUACCCGACCUGCAGCAGCCAAUAAGAUCCCUUCAGGGUGUGUUGACCAGGUGACAGAGGUACGAGGGUUCAAUGACCCACAGAAGGAGGAGUACUUCAGGAAGAGAUUCAGUGAUGAGGACCUGGCCAGCAGAAUCAUCUCACACAUAAAGACAUCAAGGAGCCUCCACAUCAUGUGCCACAUUCCAGUCUUCUGUUGGAUUUCUGCAACAGUCCUUGAACACAUGCUGAAACAUAAGAGAGUAGAGAUGCCCAAGACUCUGACUGAGAUGUACACACACCUUGUGGUGUUUCAUACCAAACAGAAGAAUGAAAAGUAUCUUGGGAAAGAAGAGACAGGUCCACACUGGAAUAAAGAGAGCAUUCUGUCACUGGGAAAACUGGCUUUUCAACAGCUUGUGAAUGGCAAUCUGAUUUUCUAUGAAGAAGACCUGAAAGAGGCUGGCAUUGAUGUCAAUGAAGCCUCAGUGUACUCAGGACUGUGCACACAGCUCUUUAAAGAGGAAUGUGUGCUGUACCAGGACAAGGUGUACUGCUUUGUUCAUCUGAGCAUUCAGGAGUUUCUGGCUGCUGUAUAUGUGUUCCUCUCAUUCAUCAACAACAAUGAGAAUCUAAUGGAUGACAAACAAACAAAGUCCAGGAACUUUUCUGUGAGGAUCAAACAAAGGCGUAAAGUUACUUUCUACAACAGUGCUGUGGAUAAAGCCUUACAAAGUGAGACGGGAAACCUGGACCUUUUCCUCCGCUUCCUUCUGGGCCUCUCACUGGAGUCCAAUCAGAAGCACUUACGAGGUCUACUGACAAAGACAAGAAGCAGCUCACAGAGCCAUGAAGAAACAGUCAAGUACAUCAAGGAGAAGAUCAGGGAGAAUCCCUCUCCAGAGAGGAGCAUCAAUCUGUUCCACUGUCUGAAUGAACUGAAUGACCAUUCUCUAGUGGAGGAGAUCCAAAGAUACCUGAGAUCAGGAAGUCUCUCAAAACCCAACCUGUCACCUGCACAGUGGUCAGCUCUGGUCUUUGUGUUGCUGACUUCAGAAAAGGAGCUGGAUGUGUUUGACCUGAAGAAAUACUCCAGAUCAGAGGAAGGUCUUCUGAGGCUGCUGCCAGUGGUCAAAGCCUCCAGAGCUGCUCUGCUGUCAGGCUGUGGAGUCACAGAGGAAGGCUGUGCUUCUCUGGUCUCAGCUCUGAAGUCAAACCCCUCACACCUGAGAGAGCUGGAUCUGAGUAACAAUGACCUGAAGGAUUCAGGAGUGAAGCUGCUCUCUGCUGGACUGGUGAAUCCCCACUGUAAACUGGAGACUCUGAGGCUGUCAGGCUGUCUAGUCACAGAGAAAGGCUGUGCUUCUCUGGUCUCAGCUCUGCAGUCAAACCCCUCACACCUGAGAGAGCUGGAUCUGAGUAACAAUGACCUGAAGGAUUCAGGAGUGGAGCUACUCUCUGAUGGACUGGAGAAUCCCCACUGUAAACUGGAGACUCUGAGGCUGUCAGGCUGUCUAGUCACAGAGGAAGGCUGUGCUUCUCUGGUCUCAGCUCUGAGGUCAAACCCCUCACACCUGAGAGAGCUGGAUCUGAGCUACAAUCACCCAGGAGACUCAGGAGUCAGACUGCUCUCUGCUGGACUGGAGGAUCCACACUGCAGACUGGAGAAACUCAAUGUGGAACAUGGUGGAGAGAACAGAAUGAAACCUGGACUUAGAAAAUAUGUCUGUGAUCUCACACUGGACCUAAACACAGUAAACAGACUCCUCUCUCUAUCUGAGGAGAACAGAAAGGUGACAUGGAGGAGAGAGGAGCAGCCGUAUCCUGAUCACCCAGAGAGAUUUGAGGACUGUAGACAGGUGCUGUGUAGAGAGGGUCUGACUGGGCGCUGUUACUGGGAGGUAGAGUGGAGUGGAGGGGCUGUUAUAGGAGUGACAUAUAAAGGAAUCAGCAGGAGAGGAAGAGGUGCUGGUCUUGGAAACAAUGACAAGUCCUGGAUUCUGUUCUGCUCAAACAACAGUUACUCUGCCUGGCACAAUAAUAAUCUCACUACCAUAGACGUCCCCCCCUCCAGCUCCCACAGAGUAGGAGUGUAUCUGGACUGGCCAGCCGGCACUCUGUCCUUCUAUAGAGCCUCCUCUGACACACUGACCCACCUGUUCACAUUCACCUCCACAUUCACUGAGCCCCUCUAUCCAGGGAUUUAUGUUUGUGUUGACUCCUCAGUGUCCCUCUGUCAGUGAUACACACACACACACAGGACACACACACACAGGACACGCACACACUGGACACACACACACUCUGGACACACACACAAUGGUCACACACACACACUGGACACACACACACACACACUGGACACACACACACUGGACUCACACACACACUGGACACACACACACACACACUGGACACACACACACACUGGACACACACACACACUUGGACACACACACACACACUGGACACACACACACAGUGGACACAUACACACACACACACUGGACGCACACACACACUCUGGACACACACACACACACUGGACACACACACACUGGACAAAUACACACGCACACACACACUCUGGACGCACACACACACUCUGGACACACACACACACACUGGACACACACACUCUGGACACACACACACUCUGGACACACACACACACUCUGGACACACACACACACUCAGGACACACACACACACUCUCUACAUACACACACACACUGGACACACACACACACACUGGACACACACAUACUCUGGACACACACACACACACUGGACAAAUACACACACACACACACACAGGACACACAAGCACAGGACACACACACACUCUGGACACACACACACACACUGGACACACACACACACACACUGGACACACACACACACUGGGGACACACACACACUGGGGACACACACACUCUGGACACACACACACUGGACAAACUCACACACUCACACACACUGGACAAAUACACACACACACACACAAACACACACACAGGACACACACACACACACUGGACACACACAUACUGGACAAACACACACUGGACAAAUACACUCUGGACACACACACACACACACUGGACACACACACUCAGGACACACACAUUCUACACACACAAACACACUCUGGACACACACACAGACUGGACACACACACUCUGGACACACACACACACACUGGACACACACACACACACAUUCUGGACACACACACACUCUGGACACACACACACUCUGGACACACACACUGGACAAACACACACAAACACACACACAGGACACACACAUACACACUGGACACACACACACUCUGGACACACACACACACACAGGACUCACACACACACAGGACACACACAUACACAGGACACACACACACACUGGACACACACACACACUCUGGACACACACACACACUGGACACACACACACACUGGACACACACACACACUGGACACACACACACUAUGGACACACACACACACUGGACACACACACACACUGGACACACACACAUUCUGGACACACACACACUCGACACACUGGACACACACUGGACACACACACACACACACUCUGGACACACACACACACUCUGGACACACACACACACACACACUCUGGACACACACACACACACUCUGGACACACACACACACACUCUGGACACACACACACACUCUGGACACACACACACACUGGACACACACACACACACACAGGACACACACACACUCUGGACACACACACACACACUCUGGACACACACACACACACACUCUAGACACACACACACACACACUCUAGACACACACACACACACACACACUCUAGACACACACACACACACACACAUUCUGGACACACACACACACACACACUCUGGACACACACACACACUGGACACACACACACACACACUCUGGACACACACACACACACACUCUAGACACACACGCACACACACACACAUUCUGGACACACACACACACAUGCGCGUCUUUCUAUAGUUGUGAGGACCUCUUACAACAACACUGUUAAAAUACCAAUGUAAUCAUGUUUUUGUCUUUUAUGUUGAAAAACAAAUUGUAUAAUUAUAUCUGGACAUACGCUCCAUAGUUGUACAAGUAUACAAGGAUAUAUUGUACUUUUCAUAAUAAAACAUACUUGAAACAAGAAAA